GAUUGAAUAAAAAUAAUUUCAGAAAAGUAAUGGCGCAAUGACGAAAACAUAGUUGGGAUAAAAGAAGUGAACAAAUAGCGAUCUCUAAAACUAAUAUUACCGAAGAAUCUGAAUCUGAUUUACUGUAAGAACCGACAAGAUCAGCCAGUUAAAGAUGUACGAAAGAAACGGCAGCCUUUCCAGGGUUUACCAGACCUCCUACCCCCUGGCGGUGAGCUCGUAUAUUGAGGACGAGGAGAGCCCGGAGCAGGAUGUAUUCCAGGACCUGGAGCAGGAACGGUUCUUUAACCUUAUCUCCGCUCUCAAACAGUCCGUGUUUAAACAGGUUAUCAAGAGCUUGGAGAAGGUUCUCGAAAUUGAUAAAAUCCUUAUAUCACCGCAAACAACUCUCCAGAUAUUAAAGGAAAUGGUUUAUCAGGGAGAGCGUGAACCUUGUGGGGUACGUGGAGGUACUUUGGUAGUUCUUUUCAGGGAUCGUAGUGGACUAGAGAAGAAGAUAGGUCGGUUCCCCCUAGACUCAUCUACCACUCCAACCUACCAACUCAUACUUACACUCAUAGAAGCAACCAAUCUCAAGGUUUCAUUUGAAAACUUACUGAGACGGUUUUCUGGGCAUGGUGCCCUCAAGUUUCUAGGGAGCAAAUUCAGAUUGGAGAAGAAGAAACUUUAUAGAUCAUCCACCAGCUCAACCGGAUCAAUCUAGAUCCGGUUUUUGAAAGAUCCGGAUUCAUCUAGACCAUCCGACAUCCAAAUGCGUGUUUUUAAAGUAUACCAUGGACUCUAUGGUAGUAUUUUUCAAGUAACCGGAUCCUAUAGCACAAUUACCGGAUCCUAUAGACGAUCUAACCGGAUCCUAUAGCACAAUUACCGGAUCCUAUAGCACAAUUACCGGAUCCUAUAGCACAAUUACCGGAUCCUAUAGCACAAUUACCGGAUCCUAUAGCACUUUUACCAGAUCCUAAAGACGUUCUGAUUAUCAAUUACCGGAUUCUUUAGAUGUCUUCAUCGGAUCUAGUUCCUUUGAACCGGAUCUUGAGAUUGUGGGUUUUCUUUUUAUCUCAUAAUUGAAAACUCUUCGAAUUUUAUCCGGCUGACGCCAUUUUUCAUUUAUUCAAUAACACUCGCUAGUAAUCAGGCAAUUUAUCAAAUUUGAAUCUUUUAACUGAAUUGACUUAUUUAUUGUUUUACCCCCUGAUGGAACUGGUUAAACGAUUUUGAUAAAUUUCCCGAUUUUUGGCAAAUUAGCGAUCCUCGUUCCCAACAUUCGGGCAGAGUGACUUCCACGCGAUUUAACUAUUUUAGUAAAUUAUUUUCCGUUUAAUUUUGAUGAAACCUACAUACUGUGAUAUGGAAA